AUGCACAAUACUCUGUCGGCCGAACAGAUGUGGAUGAACCGGGACAAGAGAUGCCCUCUGUGUAUUCAAGAUCCAACUAUAUCUCAAGCCGACAAGGAAAAGCAUUGGGUCAAGAAGCACCAGCUCACUCGCCACAUGCAAGGCGAACAGCACUCCAGAUACUUCCAACUGCGCCGCUUAUUUCCCAACAUUGAAAAGAGUACUGCAUCUUCUCAUGGUGACGAGCACGACAAGCUCAAGCGUACCGCUGGCUGGUAUGAGACUGACUUCUACGGCGAGCACUCUGAUGAGUACAAGGGCGAGGUUCGUCGCAACAUCCAGACUCGUCACUCCAACUUGGGUCUGGAUGUUGAAGACCCCCCUGAGCUUCCACACGCAGUCCCUCAUCCGACUCGUGUUGGUGUGAUGCUGGGUCCUAAUCCUGUCCCUGUUCCCGACUGGAUCAACAGCGAGGAAUCAGUCAAGUAUGGCCCCAUGCCUAGCCAUGUGGACGCUGAACAGCAGUUGGAGGCCACCAAGGCCAGUGUCAAGACUUGGACUGACCAGGGUCUUAUCUCUUUCGGCCCUAUGCCAGACGCUUCUUGGCCUCUCCCUGUGAUUCCUAACCACCUCAAGCGCUCCGUCGUAAUCACAGACGGCCCUGGUCCCCUUAGCACAAAAAACCCCUUAAAGAGAGCUAAGAAAGAUUACGCUCCCAAGGAGUAA